AUGCAGGUUGGUCAUCUGAAAGAGGUGGUACAAAACAUCUCCGACGGCACUCACUUAGAGUUCCAGCUUCAGCGUUGUCAGGAAGAUCAAGGCGUUGUCGUCCUCGACAUCUAUAACACGGAGUGGAGUUCUUGCAAGGCUCUUGGGGAAACAUUCAAACGACUUUACACCGACUUUGGAAGUGAAAUUAGCAUUCACUUUUUCUCCGUAGAGUGUGAUACCAUUAUGAAAAAAAUGGAUAACUCGUUGGUGGAGAAAAAAAAAAUCCCCCACAGGACUAUAGAAUACUAUGAAGAUACCAAAAGUUCCUUUUGGGGACCUAUCCUUCAAAGCCGUUGUGGACACUCAAAACCCUAUUUUAUUCUCUAUAAAGAAGGCAGGAUGCGAAAUCAGAUCCAAGGCGUGGACACGCCGAAUAUUUGCAAAAUAAUAAGUGGUCUCUGCAAGCCAGACCCUAUUACUCAGUCCCUCACAAAUCCAGAUGGGCUCAAAUUCUGGAAAGAGCAUUUCCCCGUCACGAAAGACGAGAUACCUUUUACAAGCUUCAUUGAGGCGGUGGAAAAGGCUCUCGGCUUGACACUCACCCCACAUAAAAUCCUUACCCUUAAAGAUGCCAUCGGGGUCGAAAACGGCAUUUGCACCGCCAUGGGGUUACAAGCCUGGCUGAAGGACAGCAUGACGCUUUCGGAGCGCCUAGGCGAAAUCGUGGGCUCCCCUGAUAAUGCAAUUUUUGACAAGGAAGGGAGAGAUGUAAAAGACGUCGAUGAUGUAGCAAAUAACCAAACGGAUCUUUCUUACCCAAAUGAAAUGGAAAAUGAACCAAACGAGGAAACAGAAAAUCAAGCAGAUGUUUCUCAAUCAAAUGAAAUGGAAAACGAACCAAACGAGGAAACAGAAAAUCAAGCAGAUGUUUCUCAAUCAAAUGAAAUGGAAAACGAACCAAACGAGGAAACAGAAAAUCAAGCAGAUGUUUCUCAAUCAAAUGAAAUGGAAAAUGAACCAAACGAGGAGACGGAGGGAACAAGUGAAAUUCGAAAGAUGGAAGUAUCUCCUCGAGAGUCUCCAAUCUCGUCAUCGCAUGUCAAAGAUGAAAAUGAGCACGAGGAAAAAUCUCAAACAGUCGAAAAAGACUACUCAUCCAAAGACAACCUAAUGAUGGGGGCAGAGCCGCCAGUAGAUCCCGAAGGUAGUAGUGCUGCUAUGGCCAGUGAGCAGGCCCAGAUGGAAGGCAAUGAAUCACACAACCAAGUGACGCCGGAGGGUUCCAUCGCCACGGCUGACAAACCACAAAAUCCUGACGAGAAGAACCAGAUUUUCUUAGAUCGCUGGAUCACCGUAUCCAAAGAUGAGUUAAUUGUGUGGAAUAAAAUCUCAGAUUUGCCUCUGCAUUACCCACCCCCUAGAACGGCCCUAUUAGAUACCACAUGUGAAGAAGCCGCGCAAAAUGCCUGCGAGCUUAUCUCACACGCCAAAGAAAUUCCUACGCUUGCAGGAUAUCUACAACAGUGUGGGCUGACUGAUGUGCAAAUCAAUAUGAUGUGUCUGGCUGCGCACCAAAAGGUCGGCUCUGAAAUACCAUCUUACGGAAAACUCGCACUAAUUCUGAUGACAAGCCACCGUGAUGAACUCACGGGCCUGUUGCCGGAGCCAGCGGAACUGGUGAUGGAGCUCGCUAAGGGGACGCUCCUAGGGACACAUGGGCCACUAGGGUUCAGUGCACUUUGCCUGUGCGCUUCUGAAGUGUUCCCGGAUGAAGCAUUUUUCUAUGCCCCACCCCCUCCGCUAGGGGAUCAAUUAAAUCAGCUGGAUGUUGGAAAUGAGUUGCCCCUCCCGGCAUUGACUCCGCUUCAAACCACAAACUUUCCAGAGGAUUUCUUAUCCAUAAAAAUCGUAGGCCUCCCAAAGGUUAUCGAACUUGCAUCCACCAAUGAAACUGAAUACACUGUUGUCCUUAGUCAAUGGUUCGCAAAGCUUCGAAUCGUAUCUAAGACUGAAACUGUGGUUACAGCUCAAUUUGUCGAGCUCCUCUUCGAAAAAGAGUACAUGGACUUUUCAGAUACAUACGUUAAACAACUUAUGCAAGAUGAAAAUAAACUAAAUAAGAAUCUCGGCGACAAGAAUACUAUUGACAUGGAAAAAAGCUCUGAAUAA